AUGGCAUCCAAUCCUGCUACAGUUGCCCCUGUGGAUGAUGUUCACGCCGAUUCACGCUCGGUGUCGGACGAGUCGGACUCUAGCAACGAGGAAGGCUGGGAAGACGUUGAGGCUGAUGACGAGACACAGCCUGUUGUGGAUUUGUUCUCCGACGAGGUCUUCCCUGAUGCACGCUCUAUGCUGAAGGCUUGCAAGGAGAAGCACCAAUUUGAUCUCUUGAAGAUUCAGAAGGAUCUUGGCCUGGAUUUCAUUGACACCAUUAAGCUGGUCAACUACGUUCGCACCCAGGUCAAGGCCGGAAACAAGACCCCCGAUGUUGACUCCAAGUCGAAGUUUGACGACGAUGUCUACUUGAAGCCGGUGAUGGAGGACGACGCUCUCCUCUACAGCCUGGACGAUAUCACUGAGGAAAAGGGUGAUGAGCCAGCCACUGGAAGCGAGGCUGAGCGCCGAGUCUUGGAGCUCCAGGAGGACCUGGAGAGACUGCAGACUCAAUUCUCUGAGUACAGACUCGCAGUCCAGAAGUCAAUGGAAGAUCAGUUGUCCAAGGAAGACGAGAAGCUUGCACCCCAGGCUUCUGGCACCAACAAAGCCCAGGAGAUUGAUGAGGACUACUUUGCAUCUUACGCUUAUAACGGAAUUCACGAGUCCAUGUUGAAGGAUGCUAUCCGUACCGAUGCGUACCGUGACUUUGUGUACGAAAACAAGAAUCUUUUCAAGGACAAGGUCGUUUUGGACGUGGGCUGCGGAACUGGUAUCCUGUCCAUGUUCUGUGCCAAGGCUGGCGCGAAGAAGGUCAUCUCAGUUGACAACUCCAACAUCAUCGACCGUGCCAAAGAGAUUGUCUUUGACAACGACUUUGGAGAUGUUAUCACUCUCGUCCGCGGAAAGAUUGAGGAGGUCACCUUGCCGGUUGACAAGGUUGACAUCAUUAUCUCUGAAUGGAUGGGCUAUGCUCUUCUCUUCGAGUGCAUGUUCGACUCUGUCAUCUAUGCCCGUGACCGCUACCUUGCUCCUGAUGGUCUGAUGGUUCCCUCCCACGCGACUCUUCGCAUCGCCCCUUACGCGGACCCCGACUUCAUGGCUUCACACAUCUCCUUCUGGGAAGACGUCUACGGCUUCAAGAUGACCAGCAUGUUGCUGAAGAUUUACGACGAAGCCCUUGUUCGCAACAUCCCAUCCUCCACAAUCGCUGCUGACUCAACAGUCUUCCUGCCACUUCCCUUGCACACCAUCACUGUUGAGGAGUUGACCUUCCUAAAGGAGUUCCAAGUCACCUUGAACCAGGAUAUCGAUGCCCUUGAUGGCUGGGCUAUCUGGUUUGACAUUUUCUUCAUGCCUUCGCGAGACUCUCCUAUCCCGGAGAAUGCCGUGCCCGCCGACAUGCAGAAGAAGGGAUUCGUCGGAUUCACCACUGGACCCGAUGGAACUGAGACCCACUGGCAGCAAACCAUUGCCUUGAUUGACCACGGCAGCCACAAGCCCAAGCCUCUCAAGAAGGGACAGGUCAUUUCCGGCAAGAUCGGCUACCAGAAGAGGGAUCAGGAGGGUUCCCGAGGCCUGAACAUCAACAUUGACUGGCAAGGAGGUGAAAACACCAAGGGCUCUCAGAAGUGGUCGCUCCAAUAA